UUGAGCUUCCCCUUUUCCCCUCCCCACAAGCAAAGUCAAGAGUCCCAAGGUAGAAGGCAGACGUCCCGAGAUCUCUGCGAGAAGCACCCGCUCUGCAGGAUGUGGAGACUCCUGGCGACCGCAGUCUUCUGCCUCCUUGGCCGGCCCGUAUACCCCAAGUGCCCUCUGUACAACCAAACCCACCCCCCGGAGGCUCUGGCCCGUUUCUUCCGGGACUCUGCGGAAAAGCUGGCACUCGCUGGCUGUGGGGUCCCUAAAAUCCCGGACGAUACCACCUUGGGGCCCCAGGUGGAAGAGCUGGACUUGUCCCGGAACGACCUCCGAAGCUUGCCGGACAGUUUCCUGAGCCGUGCCGCCAAGGUGAGGAAGCUCCACCUGUCGGACAUCGGCCUGCGGGAGCUGCCUCCCCAGUUCUUUGCCAAUGCCUCCGGGCUGAAGGAGCUGUGGCUGGAGAACAACACCCUCCGCUCGGUGCCAGCCGGGGCGUUCCACGGCUGCCUGGAGAAACUUGCCGUGGAUUGCCAGUGCCCCGUGGCCGGGAGCGUCCUGCCUUAUUGCCAAAACUGCUCCGCCGACACCGAGUGCCUGUGCUUCACCUUGGAAGGCCGGGCCCAAAAUGUGACCGACUUCCACGCCCAGCAAUGCCAAGGCAUGCCCGGUUCGCUCUAUGCUGCCAUCGUGGUGCCCAUUGUGGUUGUGGUCCUCCUGGCUGGACUGGUGUGUUUCCUGAUCCGGAGGAAGGUGACGGCUGCCAUCAGCCACGACAAGAGGGGCUCCACUGCCUCGGAGGGGGUCCACGGGCAGCCGCGGUACAUCAGCCACGCCGGUCCGCAGGGCGACGCAAGCCACAGCUGCCACGCCAACUACGAAAACAUCGACCACGGAGCCGGAGCCAGGCAAGGCAAACGGCGGGCCAGCAAGCCGUCAACAAGCAGAUUGAGCCCCGAAGCCCCUGAUCCGGACGUCCCCCAUGACGACCAGCCUGUCUAUGCCAACACUCAGGAUCUGUAUUACAACUACAGUGGGGGACCCACCCUGGGAAACGCAGAGGAUGACAUUUAUAUUGUUCCAGAUCAGUGACCCACAUAAACCCCACACCGGCUAGCUCCCCACCCCAAGGCAUAUGAUGGUUUUAUGGCAACUGGUGUAUUCACUGCUUCUCUGGUAGAACACCCCCCCUCAGUCCCUUCCUUCCUUCCUUCCUUCCUUCCUUCCUUCCUUCCU